UCUUUGCUCCAGCCGCUGCUGGGGGUUUCAGGCAGCGCGACGCCGCGGCACUCUUUCUAGGCGGCGGCCAGCGGAGGCUUCCUGCAGCCGGCCCCCAUUCCGCGGGCGAGUCCCUCGUUUAUCCCCGAGGACGCGCCCGGCAGCUCUAGCCGAAGCGAGCGCUAAGUCCGAAGUCAGCCCCCAGCGCCGCCAACUUCCUCGGAAGCCCCUCUCUCCGCUGCAGCCUGCGCCAGCCCUGGAAACGAUGCGCCCCCAGCUGGGCGGCGCGCCCUCUGUCAACUCGCCACCCAUGGGAUCCACUGCCCUCGGCUGCCCUGCUCGGAGCGCGUAGCCUUCGCCGCGUGGCCCGGGAGAGGAGCGAGACACUAAGGCAUUUCGCGGAUUCCGCGCUCGCCAGUCUGCUGAGGUCUCCUGCGGGAGCAGCGUCCGUACCCAGGGACCUGGAAGAGACCUCCGUCUUUCGGGGCUUGGAGAAGGCUCUACUGGGACCGUGUGGGGGUGAAGAAAACCAUCUCUAUGGUGGUGGCCUGAGCAGAUUAUCUUAACCCCAAUGUUGCCCUGAGUUUUGUGUUCAAUAUUUGAGAAGAUUAGGACAGAUAAGAUGCCUCAGGAACAGUACACACACCACCGGAGCACCAUGCCCAGCUCCGAGGGGCCACAGGUAUACAAAGUAGGGAUUUACGGCUGGCGGAAAAGAUGCUUGUAUUUCUUUGUCCUACUCCUGAUGAUUUUAAUACUGGUGAACUUGGCCAUGACCAUCUGGAUUCUCAAAGUCAUGAACUUCACAAUUGAUGGAAUGGGAAACUUGAGGAUCACAGAAAAAGGUCUAAAGCUAGAAGGAGACUCAGAAUUCCUACAACCUCUGUACGCCAAAGAAAUCCAGUCCCGACCAGGUAAUGCCCUGUACUUCAAAUCUGCCAGAAAUGUUACUGUGAACAUCCUCAAUGAACAGACUAAAGUGCUAACUCAGUUGAUAACAGGUCCAAAUGCCAUAGAAGCUUAUGGCAAAAAGUUUGAAGUAAAGACGGUUUCUGGAAAAUUGCUCUUCUCUGCAGAUAACAAUGAAGUCGUAGUGGGAGCUGAAAGAUUGAGAGUUUUAGGAGCAGAGGGCACAGUGUUCCCUAAAUCUAUAGAGACACCUAAUGUCAGGGCAGACCCCUUCAAGGAACUAAGGUUGGAAUCCCCCACCCGGUCUCUGGUGAUGGAAGCCCCAAAAGGAGUAGAAAUAAAUGCAGAAGCCGGCAAUAUGGAAGCCACCUGCAGAACAGAGCUGAGACUGGAGUCCAAAGAUGGAGAGAUUAAGUUAGAUGCUGCGAAAAUCAAACUACCCAGAUUGCCUCACGGAUCCUACACACCCGCGGGAACGAGGCAGAAGGUCUUCGAGAUCUGCGUUUGUGCCAACGGGAGAUUAUUCCUGUCACAGGCAGGAACUGGUUCCACUUGUCAGAUAAACACAAGUGUCUGCCUGUGAGAGACUAUCCAUAGUGGACACUGUCGCAGCAUAAAGGCCUUUUUUGGCUUUAGACCCUGGCUGCCAGCUAUUUUUACUAUAACACAGAAAGCCUAUCAAAGACCUUUUGUGUGUGUGUGGGUGUGUGGGUGCGUGCGUGUGCGUGUGGGUGGAUAUAAAUAUAUAUAAAUAUAUAUAUAAAUAAAUAUAUAUAUCCUCUGUAUAAAAUGAGGUUUCAGUACAAAAGGAACCAUGGGUGACCCUGUGAUGUCCACUGUCAUGUCCAUCCCAACCCCACCACGUCCAUGAUAAAAUCAAAAUGCUACUUCUGGCCCACUGUUCUCCAGACCCUUCAGAAUCACACAGUGUGUUGACAUUCACUGAAUAUUCACCUACCUGUUUGAUAGACAGCCUGUCUCCUCCUUUAGUGUCAUUACAAGGAAGUGAUGGCGGGAAUUUGCAAGGCACACCCCAGGGCCAAGACCCUUGUAGUCAAAACAGACACUAGUUUCCUUUUUUAGCUGUAGCGCAGCUAGCCAACUUCUCCCUCUUUGAGGUAGGGAUGGGGCAGUGCCCGAGAAGUCAGCCAUAGGAACUCAAAUGAUUCUUCUCCUUUUUUGCAGCCAAAUGCCCUGGGACUUUUUUGUAGUUGGAUAAAUUAGAAGGAUGAAUUUUAGCAAAGUUUGAACUGCCACCCAACUGCUUCUAGCUUACUUCCUUCCAACUCACAUAUUAUCCCACAGUCAGUCAAAAUAGGAGCUGUAAAUCAGCACAAGAUAGGAAAACAGCUGCUCCUAAGUCGGCUGAAAGCUAGUCAAUGGCCUGACAGAUAAAGAAUAAAUAGGCAAUAUGUCUCUGUUUAGAGGGGGGGAUGGCUCAAAAUCUGUUACAUCCUCACUUCGGACUUGGUCCAAUAGACUCCUACCCAAAAUAAUCAGGCCAAUCAGAAUCCUUGAGUAGAACCACUACUCCAGAGAGAAGCUAUUCGGAGGUGGGAAUCAAAGAGUGGCGAACAGAACCACAUCAUUUUUAAGCACGUUUUCUGGGCUUGGUAGGUCUUUUAGAGACAUGACUUUUAUUUUUAAAGGCAUGCACAAACUGUGUCUUCCAGGCUCUUAUGUAUUUUUUUUCAGUAUUGGGAUAUUUGUUUUCCUCAAUUUACCAUUGUUUUCUCUGAGAAUAGUGACCCAAGAAUCACAGACCAAAAGUCCCACAUGCCCCCAGAAAUGCCCCCAGGAAGUUAAUCUAGACUGAGUCAAGUGUCUUUAUUAGCAUCACUGUGUCCCCUGGGGCUCAGCAGUACUCACGUUGGCAUGUGUAGAAGCAGCUCCCUAAUUCCCGCCAUCAGCUACCUCUCAUCACUCCACUUUCAUCAUCACACUCCAGGGUCACCCUGGCCAGCUCUUGUGCUGGGACAGGGGAUUACAUCAUCUCUGUUCAAAGAGGGGGAAAUGUGCCUAUGCCUUAAGUCAAUGCACUCAGCAAGGAGAAGCACAUCCUAUUUAUCUUGUUGUCACCUGUAGUUUAUUUUGAAUGAUUGGAGGGGAAGGGUUUAAUAAUGAUGGGGCAUCUUAAAGCUGGUAGACCAGGUGGCUGACAGAUGUGGACCCUUAAGGAACCCACAUCUAGGAAUCGAAGACACAACUGGCCUAGACAGUCUCGGAUGCCAUACGCUAAGCAGCAGCCCCACAAUCCUAAAUGAAGUCAUAUUGGUGGCCUGAAUGGCCUUUGUUUUUUUUCCUCAACAAGGUUCUACUUUUUCUUACUUCACAAGCAGAGGGGAGAUUUGCCAUAGGAAAUGAACAAGAGGCUUGGUAUUUUUGAGAUGACACUCAAGAAUCAGGCUGAGGUUUGCACACAUUGGAUGGAAAAGCAAGCUGUAUGUUUACUUAGUCACUUAGUGAUGGGGGGAGGGGGAAUGGUUCUCACCUGACCAGGAGCCCUGCUGUCUCCCAGACCCCUGGCUCCCUCCAGUCACUCUUGCUCAGUCUCCCUGUAAAAUAAUUGAGCUGUUCAAGGGUGAGACUGUAAGAUUUCUUCAUUUGCAGCACUAGGGUCUAAAAAGGAAAACUGUAAAAAUACAUCCAAUUGCUCUGGAUCACUACUACUUCUAUCCUGCAGGAUCACACUGCCAGAAUCUGCACAUACCACACCCAGGGUUUUUCCAAGCCAGGAAAGGCCCCCUCUGCCCUGUCAACCGGGAGCAUUUACCCACUAUCAUUCCCAUCACUGGUAGUAGCUAUGACAUCCUUGGUGGAUAAAACUGAAGACAAGGGUUGGUUUGUUUUUUUGUGUUUUGUUUUGUUUUGUUUUGAAGCAGACAGACCAUCUUUGCACUUAGUCAUGUCAAGUACAUAUCCUCUGGAUGACAAAGAAAUGGAAAGUUCCCUAAACCUCUUUCAUAGAAUUUUGUUCUAAUUAUUAUACAAAAGUUUGAGAUCAGCACCUGGGGAGUUUUAUGCCAAUAAAAAAAGACUUGUGUGA